AUGUUCUUUGUUAUCUUGUCCUUUACAUUUCAAGUUCUAUACUUAAACUCCAAACUUCAAAAUCCGAUAGUUGAACAGGUUGAUGCACCAGCCUUUCAGAGUUUUGGAGGUGAUGAAAACGAAUUAUACGCAGAAAAUGCUAAUAGGGAUAUUACAAUUAAUAAAGAUUAUAGUAAAAUGUUAAGGCCUCACGUUUACUAUAGAUCAUCCGUCACCGUCACAAAAUGUACCCUAGAUAGCAAUUUUGUUUUGGGUGGAGGUGCUGAUUCGGCAAAUGGCGGCGCUAUUUUCCUUUCAUGGAGUAUGCUUUCAAUGGAGGGAAGCUCAUCUACCUCAAGAGGAGUCUGUUCUAAUAAUCAAGCUCAACUUGGCGGUGCCAUCUGCUGUUUAACAUCUCCAGUACACAUUAUCUAUUUCAAUUUUCUGUCUAACAAGGCCUACAUGUAUGGAGGCUUCAUUUAUUUCCAAGGAGCAUAUCUUGAAGAUAAAAGUAGGCUCUCAUCAACCCAUAAGAUGUAUAUUCAGUAUUCGGAGCCAGGAUAUAAUAACGCUUUUCAAAGUGGUGGCGCUAUUGCAACUGUUGACACUGAAGAAAUUUACAUCGAGCACAUUAAAGGAUAUUAUAAUAAAGCAACCUUUAAUGGAGGCUGUAUGUAUGCAUACAAUACCAAUAACAUUAAGUUGUUCGAGGCAAACUUCAUUGGAAACCAAAUUAACGCAAUGGGAUUAAUCGGCAAAAAGUACAACAGAAAAACCUUCCCUGGAAAGAAUAAUUUUGAUCCACACUUCCGUGUUCGUGGUGGAGGUGCUAUUUACUUUGCAUCAGAUAAUAAAUUCAAAAUUCCUGCUAACUCUCCAGCAACUUCAACUGAAAAACGAUCUCUUACAACAAACCAAUGCUGUUUCUCUGGUAAUGUUGCUGAUCAAUAUUCUACAUCUUUUGGUAAAGGUGUUGGCAAUGCCCUUCUUUUCGAAGGCUAUUGCUACUGGCUUUCCAACCAGGAUUCAAUCAAAGGCUUAACAAUGCUAGGAGAUCACGAUCCAAAUUGGAAGUAUUUCGUUGCGUAUAAUGCUAAAGAAUACACAGAUAAUCCAGACUCAGCAUUCUUAUGUACAAUUCAAACUACAAACGUUGAUCGAUGCUUGUAUGAAGGUAGAGAUUGGAGUAAUGAUAAUUCUUCCCCACUUACAUCAGAAUAUAUCCCAUCUAAAAUUUCUCCAAGCAACACAGGAAAUGACAGUUUUGUAAGCGAUGUUCCAUCUCCAUCAGAAUACACAUAUGUUGCCACACCAAUCUCAGCAUAUCCAAAAGCUACAAAAGACCGCAAGUUAAUCACCCCAGCACGUACAUGGCGCGAAGAUGAAUAUACAUUCCUCUCAGUCACAACUAGAUCUUUGCUUCCAACAGCCGCUAUCACUCCAUUCCAGACUGCUUAUGAAACACCAUUCUCAACAGCUGAAACUACAGCAUUCGAGACAGUUUAUGAAACACCAUUCUUAACAGAAGAACCAACAUCAUAUGAAACACCAUUCUCAACCGCCGAAACCACCGCAUAUGAGACAGCAUAUGAAAAACCAUAUUUAACCGAAGAACCAACAGCAUUCGAGACUGUAUAUGAAACACCAUUCUUAACCGAAGAACCAACAGCAUACGAAACACCAUAUUUAACCGAAGAACCAACAGCAUUUGAGACAGCAUAUGAAACACCAUUCUUAACAGAAGAACUAACAGCAUAUGAAACUCCAUUCUCAACUGCUGAAACCACAGCAUUUGAAACAGCAUAUGAAACACCAUUCAUUACACCAGAUGAAUCUAAGGCAGUCACUCCAUUCUCAACAGCUCACAUCACACCAUAUGAGACUGUAUUCACAACCCCAUUCAUCACAGCAUUCGAGACACCAUUCUCAACAGUACACUCCACUCCAUUCACAACAGCAUUUGAGACAGCAUAUGAAACACCAUUUAUCACCCCAGAUGAAUCUAAAGCUGUCACCCCAUUCUCCACAGCUCAUAUCACUCCAUUCGAAACUGCAUUCUCAACAGCACACACUACUCCAUUCGAUACCGCAUUUGAGAUCGCAUUCGAAACACCAUUCUCCACAGCACAUUCUACCGCAUUUGAGACAGCCUAUGAGACACCGUUCUCCACAGCAUUCGAGACAGCCUAUGAAACACCAUUCUCUACUCCAUUCGAGACAGCCUAUGAAACACCAUUCUCUACUCCAUUCGAAACAGCAUUUGAAACAGUAUUCGAAACACCACUCUUAACACCUGUUGAGACAACACCAGAAACUACACCAGCUGUCAUCGUUGUUCCAUCAAGCGAUAACGGUGCCCAAAUCGACAACUCUGACAACUUCCGCAUCAUUGUUGAGAACAAGUGGAUUAUUGUUAUUAUUGUUGCAGUCAUUGUUAUCUUACUUCUUAUCAUUCUUCUUGCAAUCAUCAUCUGGAUGAUUCUUCCUAAGAACGAACAAUCAUCAGAUUCAGAUUCCAUCGAACUUCCAGACGAUGGCGACUGGGGCUCUGUUGAAGACUCUGGCGAAACAGUUGAUGUUUCAGAUGUUGAUAUUGACAAUGAUGGUGCCAUUGCAGCAGGGUUAUUUGAUAAAGAAAUUUCUGAUGUUAGUGACUCAGGUGAAACCAUCGACAUUUCAGAUAAUGAUGUUGACGAGGCUGCAGAUGCUGAUAUUAGUGGAAUCCUGGAUUAUGGUGAGUCAUUAGAUUAA